AUGGCCAUUGACAAGCAGCACAAGUUGCUGCUCUUUGGAGCUGCCGCAGCAGUGCGGUUGCUCGCUUUCACUGUCUUUCCUGCACUACCACACCUCCUCGCCGGGCGUGUCGAGGUGUCAACACCAGUGACGAGUUUCAAGAGACUACAAGAAGGUGUCUUCCUCUACACCCACAAUGUCUCUCCCUACGACGGCGGCGUUUACCACCAGGCACCCCUCCUGCUGCCUCUCUUCUCCCUCUUCCCCAACCCGGCCUAUGCCCCGCUGGCGACCAACGUCUUCUAUACCAUCGUGGACCUGCUGAGCGCCAAUGCGCUGGCUCAAGUGGCAGAGAGCGGCUUCGCGUCAGUAACGCGACUGUUCGCUUCACCGCGGAGGGACUUGCGAUGGAGCAGUACCGCUAUCGCAGCAGGUUUCCUGUUCAACCCCUUCACAGUUGCCACAUGCAUCGCACGCUCCACUUCGGCCCUCACCAACCUCUUCAUCCUCACAGCCAUGGCCAAGGCCUCUCAAGGCGCCAGCUUCACCUUCAUUCUAGCCACGGCCUUCGCUUCGUACUUUGCCAUGCACCCAAUACUCCUCUUCCCUCCGCUGAUGGUCCUCCUCUACGAUGCAAAGACACUAAAGACAAAGACCGCGCCAAACGUCACGUCCUUCAUCACAACCCACACUGUUGGCUUCGCAGUCGCAAUAGGUGCUCUGCUGACUGGCUCUGCAUUGUUAAUGGAUUCAUGGAACUUCCUGUCGGCGACGUAUGGUGUGCGUCUUCUUUUGCCUGACCUCACGCCCAAUGUGGGACUCUGGUGGUACUUCUUCAUUGAGAUGUUCGACUCUUUCCGCGAGUUCUUUCUUGGCGUAUUCUGGCUACACGCGGCGUCGUAUAUGCCUGGCCUUACCAUUCGCCUUCACAAGCAGCCAUUGUUCGUCGCAUGCUGCUUGACCGGCGUGUUUGCCAUCUUUACACCCUACCCGAGCAUAGCGGAUGCUGCGCUCUACCUUUCCUUGGUGCCCAUGUUUCGCCAUCUGUUUCCUCUCAUGCGUUAUACUUUCUUGGCAUCAGCGAGCAUCCUGUAUACAUCAUUCCUGGGCCCUGCCUUCUACCAUUUGUGGAUUUAUGCUGGAUCGGGUAAUGCUAAUUUCUUUUAUGCCAUCACACUGGUCUGGAGUUUGGGAUUGUCCAUCAUCCUGGGAGACUCGCUAUAUGCGGCACUGAGGGACGAACUUGACGUGGAAAGACCCGAAUUACAGGGUAAAGAAGUGCGCAGGAUAUAG